GCCCUACCGUGACGAUGGGCGUUGGAUUUCCUGCAUUGGUAAGGCAGUUCGUGGCGUCGGUUGCCCAAGAGGCUGCAGGUAUCAUCCCGGACACAUCAGGGGUCUCUUACCAGAUUGACGGAAAGAUCUGAGAUUCCGACAUCCAGCUCAAUUAGGAUGUCAUAGGUUUGAGCUGUCAGUCAUGUCCUGCUUAGUUGGUCGAUAAUAAACUCCGAUUCGAUAGCGGGCAACGUGAGCAGAGCAUACGGAGCUGAUAAUGAUGCGUACUGUGACUUGCACUUCGAAAGGAGAGGGAGUAUCAGCGCAAACAUUCCUCCUAUGGAACUACUCUGUAUCGUGAGCGCUUCAGAUGCUUUUCUGCUUGAUCCGUAAUAAGUCGAUUAAUCCUACAAAAGCCAAGUGAAGUCGCUGCUUGAGAUGUUCAACAUGACGCUUCUUCUUCAUCAACCAAGUUCAAAGCAGUCUCUACACUCCGACAGUCUUAUCUAUUUCCCAUUUUCGCCCAAGAGCCGAGAUUCUCCCUUUCCAUUGCGGUGUUUCUAUUAAGUCGCCAGAACGAUAUCAUCUGGCCUCCUACGUAUCGUAAUUCAUCAUUGUGUUUUUAAGUUGAGCAUCCGAUCGCAAGAGCAGCAUCUUACGGAGGUCACUUACCAAAAGGGGUAUAAAUGGAUGGACUCAACGACUACCGAACGGCACGGGUUGCCGGACUCCUCGAAGAGUUUCAAAGUCUCCAAUAUUGCAUCGCCAACGUUCCGGUAGACCCCCCUUACGCAAACGAUUAUCAUACCGAAGGUUGGGCUGCUUUACGCCAGUGCGCUCUGGACGGUCAACACAUCCUUAACUGUGCAGCGGACGUAACAGUGCCCCGAGCCAGAGGCGGCGAGUUAGAGCAAAGGAAGGCAGAGUUAAAGCAAAUCCUCUUGGACGCCUACUCCCGCAGACACGAAGCCCACAAGAUCUACCUCCGCCAGGCAGCGGCACAGAGAUGGAUUGACUACAGGGAGGGAGUCCUCCAGGGUCAGCGGCCGAACUCUGCAAAUCGACAACAACUAAGAGCCUGUGACGAACAACUAAGACUAGAACUCUCACAGGUCACAGACGAAGUCGUUUAUCAACAACUCCAGAGUAGCGACAUAAGCAUGGGCCAUUGGACAGGCGAAGACCCAAGCCUAUCGGCGGUUCGGCGAUGGGUGCGGGCACGCCCACAUACAACUUAACCAACGCGCCGAGGUAAAGUAUGCGAGCACACGGCGUGUCGUACUACUUGAAGGCUAGCGGGUCGUUGUUAGCCCCGAGUCUGAUGCGGGACUACGAUACAGGGUGUAUGAUGGGAUCAUUUC